AUGGGGCCGCAGAGCCCAGCUCCUUCAGAGAAGAAGAGAGCGGAGCGAGCACAGAGGGCACCAUCUUCAAGUUCUUCCUCAAGCUCCAGAGGCAGCUCCAGUAGAAGUCGAAGCAGGAGCCGAAGGCGAAGCAGGAGCCGAAGACGAAGCGCCAGCAGAGGAAGGCAGACGGCGUCUUCCAGUAAGGCUCCGAAGAAGUCAGGACCAGUUCGAAUACGUGGUCCUGUUUUGACAGGCUUUGACAUCCGAAACUAUGAGAAGGACUUCAAGCGCGGCACUGGAGAUUUUUUGAGGCGGCUGCUUCAUUGGAAAACCGACCAGCCUGCAUUCGCAACCUACGAGACGGCAACCGAUGAUAAGGGCAGGUUUCAGUCAGUACUGAAAAUCAGCCGCGAAUCUCAAACAGCUCUGGGCGGCCUUGUGAGAGCAGAAUUCACAGGACGGAAGCGUAGCACCCAGAAAGAAGCCGAAGAGUCGGCAGCGCAGGCAUUUUGGGAACAUCCUAGGGUUUUGGAGAAGGCAAAAGACCUUCCGCCUUCAAAGAAGGCUCGCAGGCAGAAAACUCGUUGCUGCCAGCACAACCAAAAGCGCAAAGCGCUUCACCCUGAUGCUCCAUGGGCAAAGAAUCGACCGGCAAAGUUAUUAUAA